AUGGAGCAAAGCUCGAAACAACCAUCGAUUUUGUUUACAGUGACAUUCAAGAAAAUCGUCAGCGAGAGAAAUCGCAAAAUCUCGUUAUCAGAACUCGGCGAAAUGUUGAAGGCGGUCGGCCCGAAAACUGGAGAGGAGGAAUUGAAGCGCAUAAUGUUGGAAUUAGACACACACGGCGAUGGUUCCGUUGAUAUUAACGAGUUCAAGGCGGUCUUCUGUGGCAGUGGGGACAAUAGGGAGUUGAAGGAAGUGCACAACAAGGACAGGAAAAGAAAAUUCUCGGCGAGUGAGUUGCACUCGGUACUCAACGGCAUCGGUGAGAAGUGUAGCCUCAAGGACUGCCGACGAAUGAUCAGAUCCGUCGAUGUUGAUGGCUACGGGUUCGUUGACCUCAAAGAAGUCAAAAAGAAGUUGGGUAGGCCUUCGUCAAGCUGUGACUGA